UCCUCACCUGAAAAUAUAGAUUCAUUGGAAAGUUUUGAAAUCCGAGAUGAUGAUACAUUUAUAAUCACAUAUCCUAAAUCAGUCUAAAUCUCCUGAUUUUCUGCAACAUUUAUGGCGAGCCUUAGCCAGGAGAUUGAGGAGCGAUAUUUCGCUGAGGACAGCAUGCACCGACCAGUGCCCAAUUGAGGUCGUCUAGUCCUACCUUCAGGAGCCAACAGAGAGUUUAUCUGGGAGGAGACUCAUGACCCCCUGGGCACUUGGUAGACACCGACCAAUCCAAGAACUACCACAAGAUCAAUACAAGCUCAUAAAUAAUGCCGGCUGAGAAAAGAAGAUGCCUGCAGGAACAGUGUGGACUCAGAACAUUGUGAGCUUGAUUCUUUAUGAAGGUCAUCGAGAUGGAACUGAAAAUAUUAGCCUGAUUAACAGGGCACCAUGGCUAGAGUAUAAUGUUUAUCAUGUAGAUAUACCAAGUCGCCCAUCACCUCGUGUCAUUUGUUCCCAUCUGCCCUACUAUUUGGCACCCAAAGGAUUACGAAAUAAAAAAGGAAAAAUUGUUUAUGUGUUCAGAAAUCCAAAGGAUGUCUUGGUUUCUGGCUAUCAUUUUCUACAAAUUCUAACUAUGCUGGAAACAUCACAAGACUUUGAUGUUUACUUGGAGAAGUUUUUGGCUGGCAAAGUGUCCUCUAGUUUAUGGCUAGACCAUAUAGAAGGCUGGUACAAUCAUAAGGAUGAUUUCAAUAUUCUCUUCCUUUCUUAUGAAGAAAUGAAAAAGGAUCUGAGAAGUUCUGUACUGAAAAUAUGCAAUUUCCUAGGAAAAGAACUGACUGAAAAGGAGGUGGAUGUUGUGGUGCAUAAAGCUACAUUUGAUAACAUGAAGGCAGAUUCUAGAACAAACUAUGCAGUCCUGAAUCCUACCUUUUCAGAUCCUAGCAAAGGGGUCUUUCUUCGUAAAGGCAUUGUUGGGGACUGGAAGAACAUCAUGACUGUUGCCCAGAGUGAAAGGUUUGACCAUGUCUUUAAGGAGAGGAUGGAAAAGCUGCCUUUCAAGUUCUGCUGGGAUAUUCAGGAGGAUCCAUAAGGCUAUUUCCAGCUCACUAGAGGAAAAUAAUGUCUGAUACACACCUUCAAAUAUCUUAAAUCAGAGAUGACCUUCCAAGAAUGGUCUUUAUGUAAUUUUGUAAUGUUUAAUUCUCAACUUUGCAGAGAUCAUAAAACAAAGCAACAUUAAAUUCUAUGCUAUUAUUUCAUGUAAUAGAAACUGCAGAAAACAGUUAAUAGUGGAGAUGAGGGGCUAGACGUCGGUGUGAAACGACGGACUUUCCUGGUAGCUCUGGGAUCGCCACUGAACUCAGGUCACCUGGACAGUCCAACUGGACCUAAACUGUCCUGCAGAGAUGGUGAUAGGUAGAAGUAUUCCUGCAGAUCCCAGAAACAUCCGCAAAGUCUCUGGUGAUCUGGGGAAAAGCCUCUUUUGGCAGCAACUACGAGUCACCAUUAGAGUGCUGGAACUGCUGACAGCUCAGAAUGCAAGGGCAGGAGAGAGAAGCAUGUCUUUUGGUGAGAGAUUUAAUUUUUUCUUAAUUGGAGAGAGAACACCCUAAUUUUUGAGAUUUAAUUUAAAAUAAGGAUUGAGAAGAGAGCAAGCGGAGGACUUGAGGUAUGAUUAAUUGAAGGCUUCCGUUGUUGUUUUUUCCUUUUUACUAUGGGAAGCUGGAUUGGACUUUCACUGCAAUUUGCUUUUUAAAGUGGAUUGGCUCUUUGCACUUUUUUCUUAUUCUUUUCAUUGGACUCUUUGGAAACAUGGAAUAAGUUUUAAAGGUUUAAAAAUACUUUUUUUACUUUAUUUCUUUUUGGCUUAAUGAAUUACAGGUUUUUUCUUUUUUUUUCUAAAAGAAAAGUAAAGGCAGAGCUUAUAAAGAUUGAGAGUGGGUAACAAGUUUCACUGCCACCUAGUGGAUUUGAAACAAUGUUUUUAUUUUUACUUUGUUGCAUGAAUGUUUAGACCAAAGCUGUUCUCUUCAAGGUUGCUUAGCUGAGGCAUGAUAGGGAAAGGAACACAGUUGUAUAUACUGUAAAUAAUACUAUAUUAAAAGAGAAGAACUUUGUAUAGAAAAUGGAAAAAGAAUUGGCCUUCCUUUUUAAAGAAAACAGAAAAGAAGAUACAUCUAUGCAGAACAUUUGAGAUACAAUGAAGGCUGUUACCAGCAGUGAUGUUCAGUCAGGGGAGGCAGGGGAAGAUGUCCUUUUUUUCUUUUUUCUUUAAUAAAUGUAAUGCCAGUUGCCAUUUG